AUUUACGUUGAAAUGAGAGCUAGCGUGGGUGCAGAAUAAGCGGGAACUGAAGGCCAACCAGAGACGGCCUGAUGACCAUAAGCUCCUCUUCACGUGACCACCCAAAUUGUAAUUCAGCGCAACCUCCAAGCAUCAACCCGUGUAGACCACUCCGCAGAGUCCCUCCAUCAAUUGCGUCCGGACUGAGGACCGACAGCCUCCAAUUCCUCCUCGUCCUUCUCGCCUUUCUUCCGAAUGGCUGCUUCCUUUACUCGCCUGGCGGGCAGCGCGCCCAAAAGGCUUUGUCUCCGCCCCUCCAACUUCACCAAAUACAAUGCCAUCCCCAGAUCCCGCUCGAUAGCGACGACGCUUCCUCGUCGGCAAGCGGAACCGACCAGCUACCAGGCUACCAGACUCAUCCCCACUGAUCCCACCUUCACAAGUCUGGCUAACAAGGACGGUCCCCAAGAACCCGAUGUUGCCGCGGGUCUCGAAUCCGAGAGUGAAGGGGUCGGCCGCAAAAUCCGUCACUACACAGUCAACUUCGGUCCUCAGCAUCCUGCUGCUCACGGUGUGCUUCGACUGAUUCUGGAGAUCAAUGGUGAAGAGAUCGUUCGCGCGGAUCCUCACGUCGGAUUGCUUCACCGUGGUACUGAGAAGUUGAUCGAAUACAAGACCUACAUGCAGGCUCUGCCUUACUUCGACCGACUGGACUAUGUCUCCAUGAUGACGAAUGAACAAUGCUACUCACUCGCUGUCGAGAAGCUGCUGAACGUUGAAGUUCCUGAGAGAGCCAAGUAUAUUCGUACACUGUUCGGAGAGAUGACCCGUGUUUUGAACCACCUCAUGUCCGUUCUUUCUCACGCUAUGGACGUUGGUGCUCUUACGCCAUUCCUGUGGGGUUUCGAGGAGCGUGAAAAGCUCAUGGAAUUUUACGAGCGUGUCUCCGGUGCCCGUCUCCACGCUGCCUACGUCCGCCCCGGCGGUGUGUCCCAGGAUAUCCCCCUCGGCCUUCUCGAUGAUAUCUACCAGUGGGCUACCCAGUUCGGUGACCGUAUCGACGAGACCGAGGAGCUGCUCACCGAUAACCGUAUCUGGAAGGCGAGAACUCAGGGCGUUGGUGUUGUCAGCGCCGCUGAUGCACUGAGCAUGAGCUUCACUGGUGUCAUGCUCCGUGGCUCUGGUGUGCCAUGGGAUAUCCGCAAGUCCCAGCCAUAUGACGCCUACGACAAGGUUGAAUUCGACGUCCCCGUCGGUGUCAACGGUGACUGUUACGAUCGUUACCUCUGCCGUAUGGAGGAGUUCCGCCAGUCCCUCCGCAUUAUCCACCAGUGCCUGAACCAGAUGCCCGCUGGUCCUGUCAAGGUCGAGGACUACAAGCUCUCGCCUCCCCCUCGCGCCGCCAUGAAGGAGAACAUGGAGGCCCUGAUCCACCACUUCCUCCUCUUCAGCAAGGGUUACGCCGUUCCCCCUGGUGAGACCUACUCUGCCAUUGAGGCCCCCAAGGGUGAGAUGGGCGUGUUCCUGGUCAGUGACGGCAGUGAGAGACCUUACCGUUGCAAGAUCCGUGCUCCUGGUUUUGCCCACUUGGGUGGUUUCGAUCAGGUCGCUCGCGGUCACUUGCUGGCAGACGCUGUCGCCAUUAUUGGUACAAUGGAUCUGGUGUUCGGUGAAGUCGACCGGUAGACAAAUAAAUACAAGAGGGAUCUCCAAAGCUUCUGUAAAACGACUCUAACUUGAUUCUUCCAAAGUAUAGAAAAAGAAGCAAAGAUAAAGCUCUUUUAAAAAAUAACCUUCCAUCUACCUCUUGGUUUUUCUCCGUGCUCAACUCAUCGCGGUGGUGCUGUUGUUGGAUCAUCAUCAUCACCUCGCUGUACCAAUUCCGUUUUUAAUGGCGUUGUCUGUUUCCUAUGUUUGUCGACUCUACCUGAAUCCCGAUCUCUAUCUCUUUCCUUGCCAUCAUCCACCCUGUGUAUAGUGACCGAAUUUCAAGUUACAAUAUCAUG